UCGUUUUCUUUAGAGACUGGAGCAGAGAGGACCAGAGACCAGAGGACCAGAGAGGACCAGAGAGGACCGGAGAGGACAGACAGGAACCAGGGAGGUGAAGACCGAACCAGGCUGGAGAAGAUGCCGCGGGUAGUUCCGGACCAGAGGAGCAAGUUUGAGAAUGAGGAGUUUUUCCGCAAGUUGAGCAGAGAGUGUGAGAUUAAAUACACUGGGUUCAGAGACAGGCCCCACGAGGAGAGACAAGCUCGCUUCCAGAACGCCUGCAGGGACGGACGCUCAGAAAUAGCCUUUGUAGCUACAGGCACCAACCUCUCUCUCCAGUUCUUUCCAGCCAACGUGCAUGGAGACCAGCGACAGGUUCCUACGAGGGAAUAUGUCGACUUUGAAAGAGAGACUGGAAAGGUUUAUUUAAAAGCCCCUAUGAUCUUGAAUGGGGUGUGUGUGAUGUGGAGAGGCUGGAUCGACCUGCAGAGGCUGGAUGGGAUGGGAUACCUGGAGUAUGAUGAUGAGCGGGCACAGCAGGAGGACGCUUUGGCUCAGGCAGCUUUUGAAGAGACCCGACGCAGAACCAGAGACUUUGAAGACAGAGACCGAUCGCACAGAGAGGAUCUGGAGUCCAGACGACAGCAGGACCCAAGCCCUGGCUCAAACAUGGCCAACGCUGACAUGGAGCACAAGAUGCGCUGAGGAGGAGGGCGGCGAUGAGGAAGGAGUGGAAGGAGGAAGAGGAGGAAACCGGAUGCUGGCAAUCUGUUCACUUUCAACACAAUCAAUAGAAAAGAAAAGCUUUAGACCAAUUGCUCAUCGUUAUUCUAGAAAAGUUUUUUUCCAAUGCCAAGAUGAUUUUGAAUAUUUGAAUGUAGAGGGGAAAAAAACUUCCUGAAUUGAUUUGAAUUGAAAGUGAAUAAAAGCCACAGACAAGAUGGAAUAAAAGGCCACGACAGACCUGGACAAAAAGUACUGGAACAUAAUUUAAUACAGAGGAAGGAACAUGAGCUUAUUGUCGAUGUGACACAUCCAGAGUCGGAGUUGUUUCUCCAGUUAGACAAGAGUUUCAGAUUCAGAAAAGAAAGUUCAGAUGUUUUUUGUCCAGGUCUAAAAAUAUUUAAUAGG